AUGUUGACUGUCCAAAAUAUGAAAUUUGGCAUCUUUUUUCUAUGGUGGGGCUGGGUUUUGGAUGCUGAAAGCAGAGUGCACUGGCCAGGAAGAGAAGUACACGAGAUGUCUAAGAAAGGCAGGCCUCAAAGACAGAGACGGGAAGUGCAUGAAGAUGCCCACAUGCCAGGCAGCCCAAUUCUGAAACGAAGCCCUGACAUCACCAAAUCACCUCUGACGAAGUCGGAGCAGCUGCUGAGGAUAGAUGACCAUGAUUUCAGCAUGAGGCCCGGCUUCGGAGGCCCUGCCAUUCCUGUUGGUGUGGAUGUGCAAGUGGAAAGCCUGGACAGCAUUUCAGAGGUGGACAUGGACUUUACAAUGACCUUGUAUUUGCGGCACUACUGGAAGGAUGAGAGGCUGGCCUUCCCAAGCACCAACAACCUCAGCAUGACAUUUGAUGGUCGGCUGGUGAAGAAGAUCUGGGUCCCUGACAUGUUCUUCGUACACUCCAAGCGCUCCUUCAUCCACGACACCACCACCGACAACGUCAUGCUGCGGGUGCAGCCGGACGGGAAGGUGCUCUACAGCCUCAGGGUUACGGUGACAGCAAUGUGCAACAUGGACUUCAGCCGGUUCCCUCUGGACACGCAAACUUGCUCCCUGGAGAUUGAAAGCUAUGCCUACACAGAAGACGACCUCAUGCUGUACUGGAAAAAGGGCAACGACUCCUUAAAGACGGAUGAGCGGAUCUCACUCUCCCAGUUUCUCAUCCAGGAAUUCCACACCACUACUAAAUUGGCUUUCUACAGCAGCACAGGCUGGUACAACCGUCUGUACAUCAACUUCACGCUGCGGCGCCACAUCUUCUUCUUCUUGCUCCAGACCUACUUCCCGGCCACCCUGAUGGUCAUGCUGUCCUGGGUGUCCUUCUGGAUCGACCGCAGAGCUGUGCCCGCCAGAGUCCCCUUAGGGAUCACAACGGUGCUGACCAUGUCGACCAUCAUCACGGGCGUGAACGCCUCCAUGCCCCGCGUCUCCUACAUCAAGGCUGUGGACAUCUACCUCUGGGUCAGCUUCGUGUUCGUGUUCCUGUCGGUACUGGAGUACGCAGCGGUCAACUACCUGACCACGGUGCAGGAGCGCAAGGAGCAGAAGCUGCGCGAGAAGCUACCCCCGCCCCGCGCGAUGCUGGACGGCUACGGUGACGCGGAGGCCACCGACCUGGACGGCUACAUGCAGGACUCAGACUCCGGGGAGAAGCCGGAGCGGCUGAUGGCGCCGCCCAGCCUGGCCUCGGGGCGGAGCUCGCCGCAGCGGAAGGGCGCGCGCGGCUAUGUGAGCAUGCGCAUCGACACGCACGCCAUCGACAAGUACUCCCGCCUCAUCUUCCCCGGGGCGUACAUUUUAUUCAAUUUGAUAUACUGGUCGAUUUUCUCAUAGAUGCCUGUAAUUCUAUGAAUUUCACCUUCUUCAUGGUAUGCAUCAGAGGAAUAUCUGUGUAAUGAAAAAGAAUUUAAAGAUAGAUUAAAAGAAAAUUCCCAGUUACCUACCCGUGGUUCCACCAUCCCCACUCCAGCUCGCCAAAGCUAGGCUGACAAGACACUUGUAGGCUUCAUUUGCAUUUAUUAACCAUCUGUUGUACACCCAGCAUUAUAUUAAGUGCUGCAGGAAUAUGACACCGUGGCAACUGACGUUGUGACCCAGAUCCCUGGAAGAAUCACACCACGUGUCGGGGCCACACUGUGGUUCAGCCUGUUAGACCCUGGGUGCUGCUUACGCGAAUGACUUCCUUUACGUGAGAGUCAUUAUAUUCUUUAGACUAGGUGGACUCCAGAAGCAGCUAAAAUUCAUUUGCACCCGAGUCCCAGGAUGACAGGAACUCAUGGUUCAGUUUAUACCCUAUUACCUAUUUUUAUGCAUCUCUCCAUGUUUAUUUUAAUAAAAGGCAAUAACAGUAUUUCCAUUAUUUUUAUUUACAUGCUGCAGUUCACGAGAUUUCAUCUCUUCACAAGAAAAACACUUUAGAUUGGUGCAAUUGUUUCCAAUUUUGGUGGAAAUUUCCCUAGUAGGGAAUCUUUGAAGAUAAGAACAUGUGCAUGCAUUUCAAGUCUGUUUUGUCAUGGAGAUAACCAGGCUAAAAAACGUGUGUUUUAAGGGUUACCUGUUUUAUAAUCACCACUUCGUGUAUCUCCACCUUGGAGCAUAUCGCUGAAGUUCUUUGUCAGUGACGUGAUAGUUCACCAAGGAACUUGGCAAGAGAAUGAUUUCUCCUGUAUGAACGAGAUUCCAAGGAAAUUUGAAAACACAAAGAACUCAGAAUAAAAAACGCUCACGUGGUUUCUUUCUUUUCUUUUCUUUCUUUCUUUCUUUUUUUUUUUUUUUUUUUUUUGAGACAGAACCUCAAGCUGUUGCCCUGGGUAGAGUGCCAUAGCAUCACAGCUCACAGCAACCUCCAACUCCUGGGCUCAAGCGAUUCUCCUGCCUGUGCCUCCCAAGUAGCUGGGACUACAGGUGCCCGCCACAACGCCUGGCUAUUUUUUGGUUGCAGCCAUCAUUGUUGUUUAGUGGGCCCGGGCUGGAUUGUAGCUGGCCCCUUAGCCGCUUGAGCCACAGGCACUGAGCCUCAUGUGGUUUCUUAAAAGAACACCAAAUAGCAAUAGAACUGGGACAAUAUCGUUGAACAUCUCCAUUUAUACCCACUGAAUACCAAUAUUUUUCACGAAACAGAAGCUAUCAACAUCCCAGGAAGAAGGAUGGGCCUGAAUGAGGCUCCUGGAGUGAGGGGAUGGGAUAAAGGAGAGGUUCUAAUUUGAUGUAGUGGUUUAAAAUGUUAUUUAUACUACAUACCUAUAUUCUAUAUAGACCACCCCCCACCAAACUUACCCAAAUGGCAUUUGUCUUAUUUGGAACUGACUUUAAAAAUGAAUUAUAUAUACAAUAAAUGUGAUUUUCGUUUCAAAGUUAUUUUGAGUGAUGAUUAAUACUCAAAUAUCAUGGUUUUUCUACAUAUGCUGGACUGUACUUUAUUCUAAUUUUUUUAAAAAACCUAUUUAUAUAAAUCCUAAUUAUAAGGCUAUCUCUCAUUUCCCCCAGUAAAAUCACAUCAAGACAAAAUUUUGGCAAACUUGAGUAAAUAAA